AUGGGGGCGCGCAAAACGAAAGACGGGAGUAGAAGAAGAGGCAAGGAAACAGUCGUCAAGCAGGCGCCUGGUCUCGGGGCCGACGAGCGUGCGGCUGGCGAGAUCGGCUCGGAAUUAUCCUGUCUUCGGCCACGUCGAGCUGCUGCUGGUGCUGCCAGCGCUGCAGACGACCACAUAGCGAAACUGACGCGCUCCAACGCGCUCUAUGCGAACGCUAAGCCCGAUACGACACCGGAUGGCCCGUGCCUGCUUACCGCAGCGGUGGCCCUCUUUUUCGACGGCCCCUGCAUACCUACGGAUACUCAACCUGUGUUUUUCUGCAAAGCACCAAUGCCUGUCACGACUUUUCCACCUCGUCCACUCUCCGGCUGCCAUUGCUGUCGAUAUUGCGCGACCAGCCUCGCCGACUCCACAGUGCUGAUUUACCCCUCGCAUCUGGACUCUCCGCACCCACUGCAGCCGCCGCACCGUGGGCCACAGCCAACAGCACGCCGCCAGAAGAUGCCAGCGCUGCACAGCACAGAUGCAUUCGCAAGCUGGAGUACCCCAAUUCGCUGUCAGUCUGGAGGCCGUGCUCCGCUGUGGGGCAUCGCGGACGGCACACACAUCAACUCUGCAAAUGCUGCAUGA